GUUAAUAUAAUAUGGUAAUGUGAUAAGCUUUGAAACUUUGCAUGAAUUCAUUCAACGUUGUUUUUCAUGUUGCAAGGACCUGUCACAUUUUACUCAUGUAUCGUUACAUGUCUGCGUGGAACUUGUAUAUAUUUCAGCACCUCCUCAGCGCUGCUAUCGAUUUAUAUUAAUUUUUCUUAGCAUUCUUUUAUUUUCUCUUUUGAAAUGUAUGCGUUCGGUUAAUGCUUAUUUUAGACUCUAAGGGCCGCUGUUGGUCAAUGAAAUACUUUAAGUGCAGUAGGCUUGUCUCACAGUAAACCAUGGACCCACCCCAUCAGUGCGCACUUUGACGCAGUACACCUCUCUUUCAUUCUUCACGGGUUGGUGAGAGGGUGAUUUCUCUGCCCUUUUUUCUUCUUCCUAACGAAUACAAAACGUUUUUGUAAUCCUGCCUUGGAAUAUUCAUCUAUCAUAUUGGAAAAGCAGUAUGGCUGUUAAGGAUUUUUAUAAAAAUGGAUGCGCUCGAUGGCGUGUUGUCUUCCAACCGCAGUGGCAAGUAUUGUUUUUCAUCUCGUGCUACAUUCCUUUUGCCAUCUCUCAAAUUCGCUACUCCAUCCCUGAAGAAAUGAGUAAAGGCUCGCUUAUUGGUAAUGUAGCACAAGAUCUAGGGCUCAAUUUGAAAAGGCUUCUUACGGGUCGAGCGCGUAUCGUGACCGGAGAAAGCACUCGGUAUGCAGAGCUCAGAACAGACAAAGGACUUCUAGUCGUGAGUGAGAGAAUAGACCGAGAACAGCUUUGCGGCGACGUCACGCCAUGCAGCUUUAGCUUCGAGAUAAUUCUAGAGAACCCAAUGGAGUUGCAUCAGGUUACUGUCGAAAUCACCGAUGUUAAUGAUAAUUCUCCGGUGUUUGAAAAUAAUAAAAUCAGUUUUGAAAUUAGUGAAUCGGCAGCUCUUGGUUCGGGUUUUGCUUUAGAAAGGGCGUAUGACUCUGACGUAGAACUGAAUUCUUUGCAAAAUUAUAUUCUCUCACGAAAUGAUUAUUUUGUUCUUAAACAAAACUCAAACCCAGACGGCAGUAAAUACGUUGAGAUGGUUCUUGAUAAAGCGUUAGACCGGGAAGAACAUCCUCAUCUAUCCCUGAAGCUGAUCGCUGUAGAUGGCGGAAGCCCGCAGAGGUCUGGCUCUGUUAAUAUAGAGAUUACUGUUUUAGAUGCGAAUGACAAUGCACCUGUUUUUAACCAGACAGUCUAUAGGGCAUCUGUGACGGAAAAUUCUGAAAAAGGUACUCCUCUAAUCACUGUAAAUGCGACGGAUGCAGAUAGUGGGACAAACGGACAAAUACUUUAUUCGUUUUCUGAUAUAAAAGAACAAUUUAAAGACAUUUUUAACAUUGACGGGAAUACAGGUCAGAUAACUGUUAUAGGUGAUGUUGAUUUUGAGAAAGAUAAGCGGUUUGAAAUAAGAGUUAAAGCUAAAGACCAAGGCGGUCUGACAAGCACAAGUAAACUCAUAAUUGAUGUAACUGACAUUAAUGAUAAUGCACCUGCGAUAAACGUGAUGUCUCUCUCGAGCCCUAUAUCAGAAGAUUCGCCUCCAAGUACUACUAUUGCAAUAAUUCAUGUAAAAGACGCAGACUCAGGAAGAAAUGGACAGGUUAUGUGUUCUAUUGAUAAAAACUUCCCGUUCAGUAUCAAAUCGACCCUCUCGAACUAUUAUAAUUUGAUCACAGAUGCCUUUCUUGACCGGGAAACUCAGUCAGAAUAUAACAUAACAGUGAUUGCGACCGAUUCAGGUUCACCUGCACUCUCCAGCUCAACAACACUACGCCUUAAGGUUUCUGACAUCAAUGAUAACGCGCCAGUUUUCGAUCGAAAUAGCUAUUCAGCACACAUACUUGAAAAUAACGAACCAGGGCUGUCGAUAUGUAGUGUAACUGCGAGAGAUUUAGACUGGAAUCAGAAUUCAAGAUUGUCCUAUUUUUUAGAAGAUACUCAAAUUGGUGGAGUGCCGAUUUCCUCUUACCUGUCCAUAAACUCCGAGAAUGGCAUAAUACACGCUGUUCGUUCAUUUGAUUAUGAGCAAAUUAAGCAGCUUAGUUUUGUUGUAAAAGCGCAGGACGGAGGAAAUCCUCCUCUCAGCAGCAACGUGAGCAUGAAAAUAAUGAUUCAGGACCAGAAUGACAACGCGCCUCAGGUUCUGUAUCCGGUCCAGUCUGGCGCUUCUGUGGUGGCUGAAAUAGUGCCUCGUUCGGCAGAUGUGGGUUAUCUGGUGACUAAAGUGGUGGCUGUUGAUGUGGACUCUGGACAGAAUGCCUGGCUCUCAUAUAAACUGCAGAAAGCCACAGACAGGGCGCUGUUUGAAGUUGGCUUACAGAAUGGAGAAAUAAGAACUGUUCGCCAAGUGACAGAUAAGGAUGCUGUGAAACAAAGACUCACUGUUGUAGUGGAGGACAACGGACAGCCCUCUCGAUCAGCUACAGUCAAUGUUAACGUGGCGGUGGCGGACAGCUUCCCUGAAGUGCUCUCGGAGUUCACCGACUUUACGCACGACAAGGACUACAACGACAAUCUGACUUUCUAUCUGGUCUUGGCCUUGGCUGUAGUUUCGUUUCUCUUUAUCGUGUCUAUCAUCGCCAUACUGUCAGUCAAAUGCUACAGAUGGAGACGCGAGCGGAUGUUUUACAAAUCAGGAGCGAAUCUUCCAGUUAUUCCGUAUUAUCCGCCUCUUUACGCAGACGUAGGGGGCACAGGAACUUUACAGCACGUGUACAAUUAUGAGGUUUGCAGAACCACUGACUCCAGAAAGAGUGAUCUGAAAUACGGCAGACCUUGCAGUGAGAGCAUCAUUAGUCUGGACAGCAGCGGGACACAGACACUCACGUAUGCGCAGAGAGGAAACGUGAUCAAUGAAGAAUUUGAGGAUCAGCAAAAACCACCCAAUGCUGACUGGCGUUUCACCCAGAACCAGAGGCCCGGGCCCAGCGGUUCUUUCAAGCUCCACUCUUCACAUGUGAGAUGGACGCCGCCGAGCAGGCUGAGGUAUUGAAGUGUAGCUAGAGCCCCUGUAGGUUUCUCCCCGGGUCAGAUUCGUCAUCUGAAACUACUGGUGCUGCAUUAGUGUCCAAUAGUGAUACUGGGGCCCUCAGGGGCUCAUGGAAUACAAUAGAAAACAGCGUGUAGAGUUGUGUAAAUUAGUAGCUUCGAUCUUGUUGCAGUGCAUCCCACGGUUCUGGAUCCAUGAAAGGAAUUGCACAACAAAUAAUGACUUCAUUUCCUUUGUGUAAACAUUUGUAAGGGUUUUAUGAAUGAAUAGCUACAAAACAAUGACAUCUUGGACCAUAACUCAUGGUUUUUUGACAACUCACACAAUCUGGUCUACAGGAAGUGAUUAUCUGACCACAGGAUGUGAUACUGCUGACCACAGGAAGUCUGAUUUCCUGCAAGUGUGAUGAGAUGCUGAUUGUAAAGAAAUGAGUUGUCUUUUCUUAAUGCUUCUAAACAGGAACUGCUGUCCUGAAGUGUUGUGCUAUAAGAUGUGGAGAGUUAACCCAUUUUUUUAAUUGACCUAUGUUUAAAAGUGGCAAUGGUUAAGUGGUUAAGGAUCUGAGCUGGUGGCCCAAAUGUCUCAAGACUCUCAGUACCGAUGCAUCAUAAGAACUGAGUAAAUCACUGCUUUCAGAUCAGCUCUGGUUCUCAUUAAGGUUGUUCGCUCUAAAACAACAUCACCCUGUUUUUUUCCUCAUCUUGGCACUGUAAGUUCAUCUCUUUUGAAAUGCUUGGCAAAAACAGUGUCUUUUCUGUUCCUUUUUCCUUCACAUGCUUAAAUUCCAGAUUUCUUUCGUUCUUUCUCCUAUCUUUGAGUCUGUUUUUGUCCUCUUUGGGUCGUGUCUUGUAUGCAGAUGUUGUGCUGUGCCUCUGAGGUUGAUUGUCUGGUGACUGUGGUGAUAGUUUUACAGCUGCUGGGCUCAUAUAAGACAGGAAGUGAGACCCCGACAGAGACAGAUGGCUUUUAGCAUUAGCAUCUCAUUUUUACUCUGUGCUAGAGAUGCUUGUAAGUAAUUCAUACUUACUUGAAUUGUCUCCAAACAGAUGGUGGUUUCAGUGGUUUUGUCCUGUUCGUUAUGACCCAUUUUUUCCAGGAUCUGUGUUCAUUUGAGUUUAACCAAACAAAAGCCUUCAGAACUGUAAAACUGUCUUUUAUUUAUUGUUUAUGUUUAUUAUUAAUAAUAGUAAUUGUUAAGCAUUAUGCAUUUUACCAAGAUCCUGCCCUUUUUUUCAUGAUUUUAUAAAAACCAUGCUUUGCAUUAUGAUAAUUUAAAUAAAAAAAUAAAAUAAUAAUAACAAUAAAUAACUUUAAAAUGAUUUUCACUUUGGUUAAUGUCACUGAUCUAGAUUUUCCCAGUCUUCCCACAAUUCUUAAAGUGUUAAACAGUAGUGUGUUUCCUGAUGUUACUGGGAACAGGAUGAGGAAUCUCCAUUAUUCUUCCCACACGCAGAGAAAAGACAACCGGGAUGUUUUUAUGAGGAGCAGCGAUUUGUCCUUUGUUCAUGUAGCAGUUACUAAUUAAGGAAAGAUUUAAUGGCUUAAUUAACACAUUAUGAUUUGUUUGUGGAGCUGUAAUCUUCAAAACAAAACUCCUGUGUUCAGGGCUGCAUUGAGGCCGCACUGGGCCCCGGGGUUAUGAUUUAGGGCCCCCAUCACAAUAAUGUUAUAUAUAAAGCUUUAAAUAGGAUUUUUAUCCCGUAUCAGAAUUCUUGAUGCACUUAAAUUUCAUAAUUUUUGUUAUCAGUUUUAAUAUCACAAACAAUAAUACUAGCUUACUGAGGACAAGAACAAACAUCCUCAAAAAAUCAGACUACUUGAAAAACUUAAAGCACUGACUAAUAAAUAUUAUAUAUUUAUUAUAUAAACUGAAUAUACACCGUUGUAUCAGUCAGUGGGGGCCAGAAACUGGUUAAGAUCAUUCUUCAAAAUAUCAUCUUUUAUGCCGAGGAGAAAAAAGAAAUUCAUAAAGGUUUAGAACAAUUUGAGAGUAUGUAUAUGAUGACAGUAUCUUCAUUUUUGGGUGAACUAUCCUUUUGAGAUCUCAUUUUAUAAUCCAGGAUAUUUUAUAUCCAGGAUAAUCCAGUACAUCAUGUAGCCUGACUCUACACAUGCUUUAUCUGUAACUAUUAGCAUUCAUUUAACACAUAUAUAAGUGUGUUUACGAGGAUACUCGCUAAGAUGGGAAUUUGACACAUAACUAUAUGUAUUUGAAUAUUUAAGCACAAGGGCCAAAAGUUUAGUCAGUCGAUAUAAGCAGGACAAUGUGGACAAUGAUGCUAUGUUUUUUUCUUCUCAGUCUCAAAUGUUAAAGCAUUGAAUUUACAGAAAAACUCAACUAAAUGAGUGGAUGGCAUGGUGGCAUUAGUGAUGGGCAGUCCAGCCAAUCACGGGCCCCCUCCUCGCUCGGGCCCCAGGGCUUCAGCCCACUGGUUAAUAUGGCCCUGCCUGUGUUAGUGGGGAGUUAAUGGAGGUAAAUUGGAAGUGCAUUUGUUGCUUUUCCUGGUUACCGACUGCAAAGCAAACGUUGUGUGUAAUGAGGAGAAUUUUAGUGCGACCAGGACUGUUGUUCACUGUGGAUGCAAAUUGCAGAGUUUUUAAACAAGCCUUUGAUGAUCAAGUCGUCGCACAUGGAAAUGUUCAGUGGUUUUGUGUGCAUGUGCUGUAGUUUUCAGCAGCUGUUGCCGCUCGUUCUCUGGUCGUUUUCAUUUUCCAACUUGGUGUAGUUAAAAGUAACAUGGAGGAUUGUGUGUGUGUGUGUGUGUGUGUGUGUGUGUGUGGGUGAAAUUAGGGGACAAAGCGCCUCACUCUCUCACUGCAGCUGUUGCUGAUAGAAGCAGUACAGAAUGGCCUCUGUUUUGCUGACUCGAUUUCCUUUUCCUCU